AGUUGUUCCAUUCACAUAGUUGUUGAAUUGGGCAAUUGAGCCACCAUGUUUCUAUUUGUUCCUCUUAGUAGUCCAAUGUUUAGACUUUUGAAAAGGAACCGAAUUGUACUACAGUCAUUGAAGUGCUAUCGUUGUGAGUUGGUUGUCCGUCCAAAAAACUUUUCCACCUUCAACUGUCAGUCAAACUUACCUUCCGUUGAGAAGGUUGCUGUCUUAUAUUCUGAUCAGUUUCAACUUCACCAACCUCCUAAUGGAACAAGACAUCCAGAGUGUCCAGGGAGAGUUACAACGACUAUGCGACAUUUAGAAAGCUCCCCCAUAUUUUCGAGUUUGCAGUUGUUGCCUUUUGAAGAUGAACCCUGCGAUGACACUUGGUUGAAGAAAAGGAUUUUGAGUAUCCAUUCUGUAGGAUAUUUGGAAGAUUUGGAAAGGUGGAUUAACCAGGGAGCAAAGUCUCUCGAUGCAGACACUUAUCUUUGUGACAAGUCGUUGGAAGUAAGCAGGUUGGCUGUUAGAGCUUGGCUAAAGGCUACCCAAUAUAGCUUUGAAUAUUCUCAGCCUUCUUUUGUACUUGCGCGACCUCCUGGUCACCAUGCCACUCCCUUUACUGGAAUGGGAUUCUGUAUUUUUUCAAAUCUUGCCAUUGCAGCAAAGUAUGCUAUGGAGGAACUCGGUGUUAGCCGAGUAAGUAUUCUUGACUGGGACGUACACCACGGAAAUGGAACUGCUUCUUGUUUUCAAAGGGAUGAACGAGUUAGGUUUGUUUCCUUGCAUCAGUUUCCAUUUUAUCCCAUGACUGGAGCUCCAAGUGAAAGAGGUCCACUUGGAAACUUGCUGAAUAUUGCUUUUGAGGCAGGUGCUGAUGGGUCUGAGUUUGUAAAACGACUAGAAGAAGAAGCUAUUCCUUUCUUAUCACAACAUAAACCGGACAUUGUCUUUGUGUCUGCUGGAUAUGAUGCGUUAAAAAUGGACCCUUUGGGUGGCUUAUGUCUCGUACCUGACGACUACUUUGAAAUGACUCGAAUAGUAAUGUCUUCCUUUGGUCAUGAAAGAAUAGUAUUUGGAUUGGAAGGUGGCUAUCAUUUAGAAGAAACUGCAAAAGCUAUCGAAAAAACAUUGCACGGCAUUUUACAUAGAUGCAUCUAGUGAAGUUGAGUUUCUUUCUGCUAUCUACAGUUUGUAUUUGAAUGUUAGUUGAUGUAAAAGUAGAAUAUUUGGGAGGAUGGACAAUUCCUUAGAAUGUCAUGAGACUAGUCUACAAUUUGUAAGAUGUAAUAAAAUACAA